UUUGUCCCACAAUCUUUGAAGGCACCACUAUGAAUAGUUGCUUUCAACAAACAGUGGGGGCGAACUGCGCAUGCGCUUGACCGAGCUCGGAAGCAAAGUCGGGCUGAUCCAAGGGUCCUCAUAAAAAUAUCGCAAAUAAGAGUCAUGUCUGGAUUUCUGGACGGGAUCCGGUGCGGAGACUGCGAGUGCAAUGUGGACUGGGGUGAAAGAAGAAACACCAUCGCCUCUAUAGCUGCUGGAGUUCUGUUCUUCACUGGUUGGUGGAUCAUCAUAGAUGCAGCAGUGAAGUAUCCGCUACAGGGAGAGUUUCCCCACGCUUAUCACACAUGUGGAGUCAUCGCUACAGUGGCUUUUCUCAUGAUAAACGCUGUGUCAAAUGGCCAAGUGAGAGGUGACAGCUACAGUGAAGGCUGCAUGGGACAGACAGGCGCUCGUGUGUGGCUCUUCAUUGGCUUCAUGAUGGCUUUUGGCUCACUCAUUGCUUCAAUGUGGAUCCUGUUCGGUGGUUUUGUAGUCCCUGAGAAGCCUGUUGUGUACCCUGGCAUAGCCAUUUUCUUUCAAAAUGCAUUCAUUUUCUUCGGGGGUUUGGUCUUCAAGUUUGGACGUACAGAGGAUCUGUGGCAAUAACCGCCUCCCAAGUGUGUCUGUCCAUUAUUAUACACUGCUUUCUAUGUCGUAUGAGACAAUAUGCGCCAGGCUUCAGUGAUUAUCACUUCUUACAUAGCCUUUUUUUAGCGUUCAGAGUUGACAAAUAUAAUUUAUAUUUUUGUUGCUGUUUUAAAAGGUUAAGUCAUAAACAAGCACAAAUCAUAAGACUCCUUGACAGGUUGAAUAUUUUCAACUGUGACACGUUUUAUAAUGUGUACCUGCACUGUGCAGCCAGCCGCGUUGUUAAAAUUGUGUACAACUUUUGUGUAAUUGUUUUGGGAAUUCAAUAUUCUCAAACGGUCCAAAAUUCCUGUGUGUAUGCUUACUAUUCCAUCAGUCGGAAUACAUUUUGUUAUGAUAUGUAAUUGAGGGAAUUACCAUUCACAAACACAUUAAAAACCUUGUCAUGUAGGAUGUUUGUAUGGGUCAAACAUCAAGUGAGCCGGGAAAUUUGUCGUUUAUUGUUAAAAUAGACUUAGACAAAUUAAAUUCUUAUUUAAGUUAAUUUCUUACAAUGGGGUCACACAUCGGCUACCAUGGCAUCAUUAAAGAAAAGUUUUGAGCAGAAAACAUGUCUUGCAUUCAUCUUUUAUAAACAUGGUGUGUACUGUACGUCCAUGGUCCAAUUCUUCAAAUUACUUGCAUACUGCAAGAUGCUCAAACUGAAAAACAUAAUUUUGUUUUCUGUUUUAGAUUGUAUUAUACAUAACACUGCUGUCCAAAAAAGCAUGUAUCUUUAAGUUAUAUUGUCAUUUAUUUUAUUGUAUCCUGUUCAUCCUGCAAUUGACACCAAUAUUGAACAUUUUCACAAUAGUCACAUUUAUUUUCUGAGACGCUGAAUGUUGUUUUCCUUAUCUGUAAGUCCUAAUCAUUAA